GUGUAGAACAACAAAGCCGUAAAACAGUUUGAUAAUUGCAUUGCAGAAGCACUUAGUUACCAAUAAGUGAUUUUGAAAAGAAAAUGGCUUCCCUUGCUCUUCUUCGUCCCUGCAUAUUCCACCACACACACAAACCUUCUUCAACCCUAACCCUAAAACCAAAACAAGGCAAUUCCCUUUCAUUUUCACCAAAACUGAAAAACGGCGUCGUUAAAGCUAACCUAUCCACACCAGCAGCACCAGAACGUUUAAUCUCAAUCGCGGCAUACACACUCCCAUUCUUCAAUUCCCUUCAAUACGGUCACAGCAUUCUGACUCAAUACCCUAAAUUUGCACUCCUCUUCCAACCAAUCAUUCCUUUCCUUUCUUUCUAUAGAUCUCUCCCCUACGCUUCUUUCAUUGCGUUUUUCGCAUUUUAUUUGGGAAUUGUUAGAAACCCUAGUUUCCCUGAAUAUGUUAGAUUCAAUUCUAUGCAAGCACUUACACUCGAUGUGCUUCUUGUUCUUCCGGUUCUGUUUCAGAAGAUUUUCUCUCCUGGGAGAUCUGGAUUGGGUUUUCAGGUUAUGGUUUGGUCUCACAAUGUUGUGUUUGUUUUCAGUAUUCUUUGUUUUGUUUAUAGUGUUUUGAAUUGUCUUUUUGGUCGUACUCCUUACUUGCCCUUUGUUGCUGAUGCUGCUGCCAGACAAAUAUGAAUGAUGAUAGAUAGGAUUUCAUUUCUAUAUAUGUUAUGUGUUAUUUAUUUUGAGUUGUUACUUGAAUGAAAUGCAAUGAGUUUUACCCUUUUUCAA